AUGUGGCAAGCGGCUUUCUUACCUGGCCUAAUAUUGAAACCCAACGAAGAUGAACCUCUGGAUGUCGAGGGUGUGUGCAAGGCCUUUGCCGAGUUGACAAAGCUCCAGGAGGAAGCAGGUCGCUCGGCAGAAGAGCUUGCCUACGGAUUCUUGCUGCUUGCCAAUGAGGCCAUGUGUUGGCCUAUUAGAAAUUUGACCCAACUUGAAAUGAAGGGAUUCGACAUAACAAGAACGCACAAAUUGGCAUGCUUCGGUGGAGCUGGACCACAGCAUGCUUGUGCCAUGGCCAAAGCAUUGGGAAUGAAAAAGGUGUUAGUGGUGGGGUCAUGGGCAGAUGCAGAACAAGAACCGGCCCCUGAGAAGUCUACCACGGGAAGAUCAGAAUGGACUUUCGAUCCUUGUUAUGUUGUCCAUUCGAGACAACUCGCGCCCAAGCCCAGUCCACAUCUCUCGCAGGACGGUCGGAUGGCGGGCAUUCAAAUUUGGAAAAAGUAUCUUGAAGUUGAUCAGAGUUACGGAUAA